AUGGAGCGCUAUGAUCGUGCCAUUACAAUCUUCUCCCCAGACGGACAUCUUUUCCAGGUGGAGUAUGCUCAAGAGGCGGUUAAGAAAGGUUCUACCGCAGUCGGUGUUCGUGGUAAGGAUUGCAUUGUAAUUGGCGUUGAAAAGAAGUCAAUCCCUGCCUUACAAGAUGACCGCACAAUCCGUAAAAUUCAUAUGAUUGAUGAUCACGUCAUGCUUGCUUUCGCUGGGCUCUCAGCUGACGCUCGUGUACUUGUUGAUCGUGCUCGAAUUGAAUGUCAGUCGUACAAGCUCACCCUCGAGGAUCCAGUUACUGUAGCCUAUAUCUCCAGAUACAUUGCUAAUACUAAACAGCGUUUUACUCAAUCUCCCGGCCGUCGGCCUUUUGGUAUCUCUAUGCUGAUUGGUGGCUUCGAUUUUGAUGGCCAUCCUCGUCUUUUUAAAACUGAGCCAUCUGGAGCCUACUAUGAAUAUCUUGCAAAUUCAACGGGUCGUGGUGAGAAACCUGUUCGAGAAUAUUUGGAGGAACAUUAUGGUGACGACACUAUCAAAGAUGAAGCUUCUACUCUCAAACUGGUCGUAAAGGCCCUAUCUCAAGUCGUCCAAUCAGGAGCACAAAACAUCGAGAUCGCCGUAAUGAAGAGGAGUGAUGUUCCUGGUGAGUGCAGUCAUCGAGUUUUGACUGUUGAAGAGGUUGAGGCACUGAUGAAAAUAGUAGAGGAAGAGCGUGAAGCUGCCGAAGCUGAAGAAGCAUCGAAAAAGAAGCCAUGA